GUAGGACAAAGUUAAAAGAGCCUUGUCAUCCAUCAGAUCCAAAGUUGGUGCUUUAAAAAAUAUACGAAACAAGAGUGAGAAGGAACUCAAAGACAUGCAUGAAGAUGCUUAUAGUUUGCAACAAUACAUUAAUCAAGAGUUUGCAAAACUGCAUCAGUUUCUCCAUGAAAAGGAGCAGAAACUCAUUCAGCAACUUAAGACGGAAGAAGAAAAAACUCUGAAUGAAGUAGAAAAAAACCUUGACUGCAUCAAACGUGAUGUUAUAUCCACCAACAUUACAGUGGUUGAUGCCAACAUAGAGCACAAGAAAUUAGUCGUAGAGACUCCAGAUGAAAAGGAAGAAAACAAUUUAUGCAUUAAAAAUGAUGUCAUGGCCUUUCAGGAAACAGUACCUCAUAACUCAGAAGUUGAAAAAAUACCAGUAUUGUUUGAGGAUGUAGCUAUUUCUUUCUCAGAAGAGGAGUGGAAGAUGUUAAGAAAACAAGACAAGGAGCUUCACAGGGAAGUGAUGACACAGAACUAUGAAGCCUUAAUUUCUCUCGGAUCUGCGAUCCCACCAGAGCAAUUAUUACUGCUUCUUAAAGAAGGUUAUGGUGAACUGCCGCAGGAUGAUGAUGUGAGAAAAAAUGCCACACAAAAGAACAAUAACCCUGAGCACAAGCUGAAGAGAUCUGAAGUCCCAUCAGAGAAAUUAUUAUUGCUUCCUAAAGAAGGUUAUGGUGAACUUCCACAGGAUGAUGAUGUAAGAAAAAAUGCCAAAGAAAAGAACGAUAACCCUGAGCACAAGCUGAACAGAUCUGAAGUCUCAUCAGAGAAAUUAUUAUUUCUUCUUAAAGAAGAUUAUGGUGAACUGCCGCAGGAUGAUGGUCUCCGAAAAAAUGCCAAAGAAAAGAAUGAUAAACCCAAGCACAAGCUGAAGAAUUACAGAAGCACAAAUACCAGCGUGAUUUGCCAUCAGCAGCAACCACUUGUGACACUCCUGUCACAUCACCCUAUGGACCUGCCACACUGUGCUCAACCUGUGAAGGUUACCGACAGGCUUCAUUUUACACCUGCAACACAAUUUCACUCAGAGCUUAACUGUAGCAAGAGCUGUGAACUUAAUGCAACUCUUGCUUUGCAACAAGUUCCAGUAGUACACCAGCCAUCUUGUACAAAGGACAAACCAUAUAAAUGUCCUGAAUGCAGUAAGUAUUUUUCAACCAGAAGUUCUCUAAAACGACAUCAGACUAUUCAUGUGGGGAGCAAACCAUAUCAAUGUACUGAGUGCAGUAAGUGUUUUGCACGGAAUUCUAGUAUGAUGCAGCAUAUGGCUAUUCACACAGGAGCAAAACCAUACAAGUGUACUGAAUGCAGUAAGUGUUUUUCAUGUAGUAGUCACCUGAUAGAACAUCAGCGCAUUCAUACAGGUGCAAAGCCAUAUAAAUGCACUGAAUGUAGUAAGUGUUUUAGACAUAGUUCUGCUAUGAAGCGCCAUAAGGCUAUUCACACAGGAGCAAAACCAUACAAGUGUACUGAAUGCAGUAAGUGUUUUGCACAGAGUUCUAGUUUGAUGAGCCAUAUGAGUAUUCACACAGGAGCAAAACCAUACAAGUGUACUGAAUGUAGUAAGUGUUUUGCAAAGAGUUCUACUAUGAAGCAUCAUAUGGCUAUUCACACAGGAGCAAAACCAUACAAGUGUACUGAAUGCAGUAAGUGUUUUACACAGAGAUCUACUAUGAAGCACCAUAUGGUUAUUCACACAGGAGCAAAACCAUAUAAGUGCACUGAAUGCAGUAAGUGUUUUACACUGAGUUAUAGUAUGAUGCGCCAUAUGGCUCUUCACACAGGAGCAAAAUCAUACACGUGUACUGAAUGCAGUAAGUGUUUUUCAUGUAGAAGUCACCUGAUACAACACCAGCUCAUUCAUACAAGGAGCAAAGCCAUAUAAAUGCACUGAAUGUAGUGUUUUAGAUAGAGUUCUGGUAUGAUACACCAUAUGGCUAUGCACAAAGGAGCAAAACCAUACAAGUGCACUGAAUUUAGUAAGUGUUUUUCACGUAAAAGGAAAAUGAUACACCACCAGGCCACUCACACAGAGGAGUAACCAUAUAAAUGUUCUGAAUGUAAUAAGGGUUUCAUGCACCAAAAAGCCUAAUGUCUCAUCAUACUAUUCAUGUAGAGAGCAAACCAUAUAAGUGUACUUAAUGCAGUGUCUUUUUCAUGGCAUAGUAGCUUGGUCCAGUAUUGUGCCACUCAUACAUGAGAGAAACGAUAUAAAUGUACUGAGGGUAAUAAGUGUUUUUCAUAUAACUGGUACCUGAUUCAGCAUCAGGCCAUUCACAGAGGGGCAAAAAACAUAUAAAUGUGCUGAAUGAAGUAAGUGUUUCACACACCCAAGUGGCCUAUUCUAUCAUAAGGUCAUUCACAUGCAGAAGAAAGUCAUUACUGGGCACAUUGUGGUUACUGCAAAGAGCAAUUGUGGCUGACACCAAAGAUUGAAAACGUACUCAUUUCAUGAACUUUAAUCGCACUUUGACUUAGGAAUGGGGUACAUUCCCAUCAUGGUAUGAGAACCCCAAAAGACUUGGAGAAAUUAAAAAAAAAAGAAAAGGAAGAAAGCAGUCCUUACAAACAUUAAAGACUCCAGGAAAUCACAUAUUAAAAUCAUUAACAUUUGCAGAAAUUAAGAAAACAUCUGUAUAAAUGUUCUGGAUGCCUAUCACAUAGUUGUACAUUGUAGCAUCAGAUAACCCACACAAUGGAACAAGUCCUAAUAGAGAUAAGGAAUCUAAAAGAACAAGACAGUAAUAUCUGUGGAACUGAAUUAAUCUUCAAUCCUUUGCUAGUACCUUCAUGUGAUUGAACAUGCUUCUACAGAAUCUCACUACCAAGAUGAUACUGAUGUAUGCUAUAUUUUAUAUAUCAUGGAGCAAAAUGGGGUAAAAAAAGAACACUAGGACCACAUGUUCUAGUAUAAUAAUUACCCAAACCUGACAAUAGGCAGUGGUCCCAGGACUGGAAAAAUACUGCAGACUCAUCGGAGCACAGAAACAUUCCUACCAAAUUGGGCCAUGUUGUGAGUGUUCUCCCUGUUUAGAAGGGAGCAGCAGUCCAAGAAAAAAAAUGAUAGGCUAAGCAAAAGAGCUACAAACAACAAAGUGGACGGUUUUGGAUAAAAGGAGAGAGAGAAUAUAUGUUAUUUCUGUUAUACAACAAACCCAUAACAUCCACAGAGUGGAUAUAUAGCAAGAGUAAGAGUAAGAAAGAAGUUGUCAGAGGACAGAAAACAUUUUCAUCAGAACUGUUAAAAGCAACAGAUGACAUUUAAAAUCUUUAAUAAAACAAAACAGCAUCACAGCACUUAGAUAAAGGAACACUAGGCUGUCUAGAAAAGAUGUGAUUAAAACAAAAACAAAGGCCAUAAAAUGUAGUAUGGUCUUGGCGGUAUGAUAUGAUAUUUAUAUGUUAUGAGUUACCUUCAGUUUGCUGACAAUCCACUUCCCUGAAACCCAGUGUACCGACACGUCAAAUCACCGACAUUCUCAAAGCAGACGUUAAUGCAUGGUUAGUGAACACUUGGCCAUCUAGUUGAACUUUGCCCCUUACCCCCACAGUAGUGUAUUUUGGAGUUGGUAUAUUUAGUAAGGGGUGGGGGUUGUUUUCUUCAGGUAGUUGUUCCAUCGGGAUGGCCAAGUGUUUACUUACCUUUCGGGAAACGUCGGCUUUCAGAAUGUCAGUGAUUUGACAUGUCGGUAAACUGGGUUUUGGGGAAGUGGACUGUCGAUAAACUAACCCGUAUAUAAUAUCAUAUAUAUAUAUAUAUAUAUAUAUAUAUAUAUAUAUAUAUAUAUAUAUAUGAAAUAAUGUUGUGGUAAUGAAUGUGGCUACAUCUCCCAAGAUAUUUGAAGAAAAGUGCAGGCAAAGAAAUCGGGACACUGUGAAUUUUGCAAAGGAAUGAAUGUAAACACAAAAUUGUAAUGUAACAAGAAGCAAAAUUUCUAGUGAUAUGAAAAAGCAGCACACAAACAUAACCAAGAAGGAAAGGGUUUAAUGUGGAGACUGAAAUACAGGCAAUAUUACAGCAUGAUGAAUCAGUAAAUCCCCAGACACGGCAGAACACUUUUAGAAAAGAUACACUGUAAAGUAAAAUUUUAGACAGUUCUGUAGGAAAUUUGAUAGAAAUUCCAGUAAGAAUUGUACAGCAAGAUUAAGUGAAGUAAACAAAAAGCAAAGAAAGAGGACACACUCACAGCUAAAAAGCAAACAAUCUUAGUGAGGACCCACUUAACUGAAGAGAAGACAGCAGACAUGUUAAGAUGUAUGAUAGAAUUAGACUACAGAAGUUGAAUAAAGACUUCCAACUGUCAGAAAUGAUAAAGCAAAUGAACACAGCAACUUGGACUAUCAAAAGUGAUUCCUCUGAAGCAGAAAAAAAGCAGUAAACUACUGUACAACUAAAGUAAUACAUAAGCUGCUCCCACAUAAUGUAGAUUAACAAAAGAAAAAAAGAAAUGGACCACACAGAAAUGCCACCAUGGAUAGAGGAAAUGCAAAGCAACUAAAGCUAGACGUAUCACUAAUUGAAGAAUAUCGAAAAGGGAAUACUCUUAAGUGAUGUGAUAAAAGAAAACACAACAUAAAACAGCUUAAGAUUUACCUUAAGCCAUUUCCAAAAGUAAACCAAAAAUAGCACAAGUAGAAAAUGUUGAAAGGCAUAUAAAGGUAAAGGAAGGGGUCAAAAGCAGUUCAUGGGUGUCCAAAAAGGUUUUAUAUAGACUUGGUGUGACUAUUGCUGUUUUAUUUCCCAUUUAAAAAAGUAGAAAUCCUUACAUUUAGGAGACGUCUGUAUGAAGUUCCUGUUGAACAUAACCAAGAAGCCAAAUGCAGAUGAGUUAAAAGUAAUAGUAAGAAGAUGAUAUAAAAUGGGAAUGAAGGAAAGUCAGAGAAAUUGAAAUAAAAUUUAAGUCUCCUAACUGUAAAACUCCAGGUCCGGAUCCAUUAACCAACUUCUGGCUAAAGGUUUUAGCUUCUUUGCACAAUAAUGUAGGCCUGAGAAAACAUGUAUGUGCAUCCUGAAUAGACACCAUCUUGGUUAGUAACAGGAAAAAACACAAGCAUCCAUAAGAGUGAACCUGCAAGCCAUGUUGAGAACUGUGGGGCAGCUUUCCUUUUGACAACAUAUAAAUUAUAUACUGGAAUUGAUAUAGAUUUUAUAGUCAUUUAGAAAAAAGAUCAAUUGUGGUAGAACACAAAGGUAAUAAAACAAAAUAUAGUGAACAAAAGUAGAAUCUGUUAUUAAAACUAUAACAGAGUGCUGUAAAAAGAAGUGAAAUCUCAAGUAUGGAAUGGAUAUACUAAAAAUGACACCAUUCCAGAUUCAUAGCUUGUAGAAUGCUUAUAGAUGUAUAGAAUGCACCCAGCAUUGGUAAAUUACUUAGCCGUCUCUUUAAAACAAUGGGAAGCCAAUUAUAACUGAGUCAUAAUAAAAAGCAAAUUACGAUCCCAGACAUACAAAGUUCCAAAGAGGAAUAUUCUAGGGCAAUUCUUUGUUACCACUGCUGUUUUGCAUUGCAAGUCACUAAGCUAUUUACUUAACAUACUAGGCAACGGCUACAGCUUGACUUCCAGAAACCAAUACUGCUGAAUGGCAUCUACUUUGUGUGGAUCGUCUAAAAGUGUAUAGCUCAUUUGACAAACUGUUAAAAGCAGAAUUACAAAUAGUUAAAACUUUUGCAUAUGAUAUACGGAUAAUGUUUAGUCUUGAUAAAUAAGAAUAUACAAUAUUUUAGCUGGAAAAAUGAAUCAUCAAGAAAAUAUAAAACUGCGAGAGAAAGAGAUAAUAUAAAAGAGGUUGAACAAGAUGGAAUGUAUUAAUAUCUGAGAAUACAUGAAUGGUGGGCAAUAAUUCAUGAACAGCUGUUAGUAAGAAAUGUUUUCUAAGACUAAAGCUAUUAUUGAAAACUGCCUUGACAUCUAUUAAAAAAACUUCAAGCUGUCAGUCAACAUGUUCGUAUUAUUCUAACUUACAGGAUUGGUAUAAUCGACUGAUCCCAGAAAGGAUUGGCUUGGGCAAGAAAACUGCUUAAUGUUCAUCAAAUACUAUUAACAAUCAGUGCAUGAGGUGAUUGUAUGUCCUUCAUACUGAAGGGAGGCAUGGCCCUCCUUUGAUCUGACUGUAUGUACAGGUCCGCAGUUGAGGGACUGCAGGCAUAUUUGCUAACCUCAUCAAAUCCAAACAACAUGAAUGUUGUAAACCAAGAGCAAAACAAGUCUGAGAUGAUAUCUUUGCUCAAAACAGUAGAAACAUUUCAGUAAAAAAUUAGAAUGGAAGUCAAACCAGAAGAAGACAAAAAGGGGGGCAGAUGACAAAUGAAAUCCCAAAAAAGAAAAGAAGAUGGAGAGCAAGACAAUGCAUAAAGAAAUAAAACUGGGAAGUCUACAGUUAAUGGUGGCAAAUGUGGAGAACUACAGUAAGAGCCAAUGUUAAUUAAAAUUUGAUGAAUAAAUGGAUAAAGGGAGACUAAUAUAAAUCAAAAGCUGAACUUGAAUAAGGACCACUCAAGAUAAUGAAUUACAUAAAUGAUGGUUUACAAACUUUAUAGAAAAAGUGGAAGAUGCAGACAAAUGUAGGCUUUGUAGUACAAAACUAAAACAGUUGUACAUCUUGUUCCUUUUUGUGAUGUACGUAUGGCUGAGGGGUCUGUACUCUGACAGGUAUAGUAAUGUCACAAGACCAUUACAUUGGGGAUUGUGCAAAUACAGCUGCAUACAGCUAGCUGAGAAGCACUGCACACCAAAAAGAACUGAAAGAAGAGGCAUGUAAAGAUAUCCAGGAAUAAAUGAAGGAUCAGCAACUCAACAUUAGUAAAUGACAACAAAGCCUAGUAAGGUAUAUUUUACAAGACUAGAACUAAUAACUAAAUACUUUCUUGACAUUUAGGAAAAAUAUAUAAAUCAGCUUGCUGUCACUGUUGUAAUUGGCAGCUUUGGUUUGAUUGGCCAUCAUAACAGUCAGAACAUUUUUAAGGCAUGGAUAAAUUGCACAAGGGCAUUGAAUAGCAAAGAUUCACAAACUGUACUAAAUCAUGUAGAAAUAGCUACGAAAAAGUCACAAAACACUUGAAAGAAGUAUGAAAAAGACAAGUUAUUAUUCCAGGUAUAAAAUCCAGUGGAGAAUACUUCAGGACAAUUCUCUUUCAGCAUUGCUGUUGCCUUGUCCUCAGUUUUGUUUAGUUAACAGACUAGGCUGUGAGUGCAGUUGGAAUUUAUAUUGUCAUUUAACAUGUUAGUUAUUUUUGUGUGUGAUCUAAAGCUAUAGCUUAUUUUACAGACAACUGAAUGUGUAACUGAAAGCAGUAGAAAUCUUAUCAGAUAAUAUAAGAAUGAUAUUUGCCUUCUACACAUGUGUGAAAGCAGCAUUUAUAGCUGGUAGACUGAAGUAUCAAGGAAGUAACCGGAGAGAAAUCUAAUAAAAACUGAAACAAGAGGAAGUAUAUACAUAUUUGGGAAUGCAUUAAAGAUCAUUGAUACAGCAUGACCAAAGCUUAGUAAGGAAUAUUUUAAAUUACUACAUCUAAUACUGGAGACUGCUUUGAUAUGUGGGAGUAAAGCUCAAACUUUAACUUAUUAAUAACCUAUCUGAUGUGGAAUGUCACACAUCUAGCAGCCAGCACACAUCUUGUAUUCCAGAGCAUUUUCUGAAAAAUAAACUUAAAAAGCAUAAGAUAAACAAAUGCAUUUAUUUUGGAACAAUAAAAUAUUAAAACUAUAUAAAUAACAAUGUUAUCAGUAAGAAGGAUUCUUUACAGUGAUAUUCUGUGUGGUUAUAGUAUUUUCCAUAAAUACUGCAGUAUAAUGCUCACAGGCUUAAAAUUAUAUUUUUUGUAAACCUCAGAUUUUCAUAUUUUGAAAACUGCAUAAGCUAGAAAUAUUGUUAUAACAUUUUGUUCACCAGAUAUAAGCUUUUACAUGACAGCAAGAAAUUCUUCUAUGAGAGCAUGUUUAUUGAAAUAUUUACAGAAAUAUGAAAACAUGCUUAAUUGUAUAAUUAGCAAAACAAUUACAGGAUAUCUUUCAAGAUGUGCAAAUUGUAGUGCAAAUACCUAAGACAGUUUUCUGCAACAACAUCUAAGGUUUCACUUAAUAUCAUGCAACAGUUUGUAAAUCACUUGUUUUUGAAAUGUUAAGUACAUAUGCAAAUGCUGCUUAUUUUUAUAAUUGUUAGUGAACAUCUAGCAAUGCUUCCAAUAUAGUGUGAUAUAAAACAGCACUGACAAUG